AUGUUCGCGUUCCUGCAGUGUGCAAUUCAAGGUCAGUCCGUCUUCAAACCGGCAGCUGGAAGAGAGAGUACUGACGUCCAGAGUGCAGACUGCCUGGCAAAGAACAAUUACGACGAGGGCAAGUGCCAAACGACCAUCAAGGCACUGUACGAAUGUUGCGGAGCUUUCUACGAGCGCCACGGUGAAGACGCAUCCUCUGUGUGCUGUCCUAAGCCCAAGCUGCUGCAGCUCAAACUCAAGCAGCUCAGGGAGGCCGCGGCCGACAAAUGA